UCUCCUGCUCCGCUGCAAUCAGAGCAGCCUCCUGGUGGGUGCAGGCCGGCCUGCCCCGAGCUCCAUGCGCUGCUGUGGACUGGACCCGACCCGAGUCAAGGAUGAUUCUUCUGGCUGUCCUUUUCCUUUGCUUCAUCUCCUCCUACUCUGCAUCUGUUAAAGGCCACACCACUGGACUCUCCCUGAACAAUGACAGGUUGUAUAAACUCACAUACUCCACGGAAGUGUUUGUUAACCGGGUGGGAGAAUCGCUCCAGGAUGGUGUGGGCUACAAAAUUUCUUCUAACGUAGACGUUGUCCUUCUGUGGAGGAAUCCGGAUGGGGAUGAUGACCAGCUGAUUAAAGUCACGAUAAAAGACGUUAAUGUUGAAAAUGCAAAUCAAAGGGAAGGAGGAAAGAACAUCUUCAAUGGGAAAAAAAUCUCCCAAAUCAUAGGAAAAGAGAAUUUGGCAGCUUUGAAGACACCUGUGCUUCUCCAUUUGACUCGAGGAAAGGUUACAGACUACUACUCAUUUCCAAGUGAACCAGUGGGUGUACAAAAUCUCAAGAGAGGACUGGCCAGCCUGUUUCAGAUGCAGCUAACCUCUGGAACCGCCAAUGAGGUGGACGUUUCUGGGAAUUGCAAAGUGACCUAUCAGGCCAAUCAAGAUAAAGUGACCAAAAUUAAGGCCCUGGAUACUUGCAAAAUUGAAAGACCUGUAUUUACCACCCAUAACAAGGUUUUAGGGAUCAGUUCCAAAGCAGUAUCUAUGACCACUUAUAAAAUAGAAGACAGUUUUGUGACAGCGGUCCUGGCAGAAGAGACAUAUGCUUAUGGUCUCAAUUUCCAAAGACUGGCUACAGGCAAAAUAAUAUCUCGGCAGAAACUGGAGCUGAAGACGACAGCAGCAGGCCCAGGACUGAUGGCUGGAAAAAAGGUCGCUGCGGUGAUUAAGGCCGUGGAUUCAAAAUACACAGCCAUGUCCCUGGUCGGGCAGGUCUACCAGAGCAAAUGCAAACGGUGUCCUUCUCUUUCUGAGUUCUGGCAGACAGCAAAGAAGCAACUGCAGCCUGAUAACCUAGCCAAAGCUGCCUCUGCCCGAAGCUUCUUAGACCUCAUCCAUCACUUCAGGACGGCCAAGAAGGAACAACUUCUUCAGGUUCUCAAAAGCGAAAGCAAAGAAAUCCUACCUCAACUGGUAGAUGCUAUAACAUCUGCUCAGACCCCGGAUUCUUUGGAAGCCAUACUGGAGUUUUUGAAUUUCAAAAGUGAAAGCGAUAUUAUUCUCCAAGAGAGGUUUCUUUAUGCCUGUGGUUUCGCCUCCCAUCCCAAUGAAGCGCUCUUGAAAGCUCUGCUUAAGACAUUUAGGAACCCCAUUGGAAGCAAUGACAUCAGAGAAACAGUCGUCAUCGUCAUUGGUGCACUUAUCAGGAAAUUGUGCCAGAAUGAAGCCUGCAAGGCCCCAGCAGUGGUUGAAGCCAAGAAGCUGAUCCUGGGAGGCCUUGAAAAAUCAGACAAAAAGGAAGACGUGAAGAUGUAUUUGUUAGCUCUGAAGAAUUCUCUUCUUCCUGAAGGGAUCCCAUUGCUGCUGAAAUACGUAGAGUCAGAUGAUGGGUCCAUCAGCCACCUGGCCGCGACAGCUCUGCAGAGAUACGACAGCUCUUUCAUCACUAAUGAGGUGAAGACCGUCAUGAACAGGAUUUACCACCAGAAUCGGAGGGUCCAUGAAAAGACAGUGCGUACCACCGCAGCCACCAUCAUCCUGAAUAAUAAUCCGUCUUACAUGGAAGUCAAAAACCUCCUGCUUUCUAUUGGCGAGCUCCCCAAAGAAAUGGACAAAUACAUGCUAUCGAUGGUCCAGGACAUUCUGCGCUUUCAGUUGCCUUCAAGCAAAAUGGUCCGGCGAGUCCUAAAAGAAAUGGUUGUUCACAAUUACAACCGUUUCUCCAAGAGUGGCUCCUCCUCUGCCUAUACUGGCUAUAUGGAACGUGAUUCUCAUUCAGCAUCCACUUACAGCCUUGAUAUUCUCUACUCUGGCUCUGGUAUUUUACGGAGAAGUAACUUGAACAUCUUUCAGUACUUGGAGGAUAUUCAUCUUCAUGCUAGCCAGGUGGUUAUUGAAGCUCAAGGACUAGAAGCCUUGAUUGCAGCCACCCCUGAUGAGGGCGAGGAGAACCUUGAUUCCUUUGCCGGCAUGUCUGCCAUCCUGUUUGAUGUCCAGCUCAGACCGGUCACCUUUUUCAGCGGAUACAGCGAUUUGAUGGCCAAGAUGCUGUCAGCGUCUGGGGACCCCAUCAGUGUGGUGAAAGGACUCGUCCUGCUGACGGAUUACUCCCAGGUGAUCCAGUUGCAGUCUGGGCUGAAAGCCAAUGUGGAGUUCCAGGGAGGUCUGGCUAUUGAUAUUUCAGGUGCAAUGGAAUUCAGCCUAUGGUAUCGCGAGUCUAAAACCCGAGUGAAAAACCGGGUGGCUCUAGUAGUGACUGGGGACAUCACAGUGGAUUCCUCCUUUGUGAAUGCCGGCCAAGAAGUCAGUUUUGAAACUGAAGCAGGCCUGGAGUUUAUAUCCACGGUGCAGUUUUCACAGUAUCCCUUCUUGGUCUGCAUGCAGAUGGACAGGCAGGAGGCACCUUUCAGGCGAUACGUGACUAGGCAUGAGAGACUUUCGACGGGCAAGGGCUACGUCUUCCAAAAAGGAAAAGAAAAGCUGUCCCCGGGAUCUGAAUUCCCUCUUCAUCAAGAAAACUCUGACAUGUGCAGGGUGGUCUUCGCCCCUCAGGCCGAGAGCUCUUCAGAUGGCUGGUUUUGAACCUGAUGCCUGAUAGAUCUCACUUGAAUCUGUUUGUCCCUGCAGAAGACAUAGGGUGGCAUGGCCCAGUACCUGCUCACAGAGAGCACAGUGUUUACAUGUUUAUGUGUAUUUAAGAUUUUUGUAAAAAGCUAUGGGAAAAAAAUAACUGAGUCAGUCAAUUCUGGUGGCCCCUCAGUGUUGUUUUGGGUCAAACAACCACAAAAAGGGUGACGCUUUCCACCCGUUUCUGGUUUUCUAGAACUUUUUCCUCAUCGUCAUUUGCUCUUAGCCUGCUGUAAGAAGAGCUUUGCUAACAAGCAGAUGUGCUAUUUGUAAAUGCACUUACAAGGAGUCAGUUUUUCUAGCAAUUUUCAAUUAAGAUAUUGCAAAGCCUUUUCUUAACAACAUGUUAAAUUCACAACUCUUUUUUUUUUUUUUACCAACUAAAUUUUCUAAUCAAGGAGAAACAGGCUGCUGUUUUUGAUGAGACUUUCUGGCCUGUCUCACUAAUUAAUAUUUAUCUGUUUGGUUCUUCAGUUUAUUUUUUAUUUUAAGCAUCAUGGGUAGUAGUAGGCAUGCAGAGCUAAGUGGUCACAUUUUGCAUCUCUCCAGACCGUGGGCAAUCUAAACCCACUUUGGCUGUCAUCCUUCAUCCUCUCCAUAAAACAACGGGACUUAGGGUAUAGGUACUGGAAAAAUCUGUAUACACUGUCCUCUUCAAAGGAAACCCUCUCACAUUGUCUAGUCCUUUUGACUUUUGACUUCACUGCUUCACUUGGUUUGGUCCACAACAUGCCUUGCAUCUGUCUGCUCCACUCACGUAGCCACCACACUGGUUUAGACCCUCAUCAGCCCUCGCCUGGACUGUUCCACUAGCCCCCUCAUUGGACUCCCAGCUUCUAGUCUUUCCCUUCUCCAAUUCAUCCUCUACCCAGCUAUCACAAUAAUCUUGCUAAGGCGCAGUUCUGACCAUGGUCAUGUAACUUGACUCCCCCUCAGAUCUUCAAUGGCUCUCUAGGAUAAAAUGAAAAUCAUUCAGCCUGACACACAAUGCCCUUUGCAGUCUAGCUUGGGAUUAACUUUCCAAAUACCCCACAAUACUCCACUUCAAGCUAAAAUGGCUUAUUAUUUUCUCAGCUUGGAAUCCCAUCUCCUGCCCCAAACCUUUCCAUAGUCCCCCCUGUUUCCAUGCCUGGAUUGCACUCCCUCCUGGCUUUUGCCUCAUCUUGCUAAGGACUCUCAGCUUCCUUCUGGGCUCACCUCAUGGGCCUCCUGCUGUAGAAAGCAUUUCCUCCUUCCCCUACUUGUUAGUGCCAUCUCUUUCCACAAACUAUCUUGUCCUUACUUAUAUGUUUACUUGUAUCUCCCAUUAGAAUGUAAGCUCUUUGAAAGCAGGGACUAUUUUUCACUUCUGUCUUUAGAUCCCCAGGGUCCCAGCAUAGUGCCUUACACAUAGUAGGUGUUUAUUAAAUGUUUGUUGAAUUUAAUUGAAUUGACAGCAGUUUGCUGCUGCAAGGUGCAGACUUACAAAAGUGGGCAGAGAAUUUGCCUUAAUAUGCAUGUAUGAACUACAGACAUAAGAAACUGAGGGAUCUGGAUUUCUGGACAAUGAGACCAUCAAAUGAAUUGUCUGUCUCUACAGGAAUAAAAAGGAAACAUUAA